AUGCUCGAAGCACUGUCGAGCAACACCCACCUCGUCGAACUCUCCCUGCGCGGCAACCGGCUUGACCCCAAGGCGGCGGCCGUGCUCUCCGAGAGCCUCCUCAGGAACACAACGCUGACCAUGCUCGACAUCUCGGCGAACGAGAUAGGAGACGAAGGGGUCGACAGAGUCUUCAGUGCCCUGGGGCAGAACACAGCUCUCACCACACUCAGCCUUGCUCGGAACGCGCUUGGGUCCGAGGGGGUGCAGGCCAUUGCGAGGGGACUGGAACUGGGUGGGUUCCUGUGCUCCCUCAACCUGGCAGGAAAUUCUUGCGGUCCUGUUGGCGCCACUGCGAUCGCCAGCUGCAUCCGGACGAAGGGCAACCAGCUCACAGAUCUCGAUCUCUCCUCGAACGGGAUCGGCGACCAGGGAGCGGAGGUGAUCGCCAAAGCGCUUCAUGACGACGUUAAGUUAGUCCAGAUGGAUCUGGCGAACAAUCUGAUACAGAACAAGGCAAGCAGGUUGAUGGAGGUCUGUGAGCGAUGCUCGUCGCUGCGCACUCUGAACUUGCAAAACAACAUCAUC